AUGAAGUUGACAUCACCUGAUAUCCAGAAGGACAUUUCAAGUGCUAUUUCAACUGAAAUUAUCAAUGCAAUCAUAAGGGAUAUUGGUGAUUCAUUAUUUGCCAUUCUUGUUGAUGAAUCGUGCGACAUGUCUUCAAAGGAGCAGAUGGCAAUUGUGCUACGUUAUGUGGAUAAAGGUAAGGUAAUUGAACGUUUUGUAGGUAUUGUGCAUGUUACAGAUACUAAAUCUUCUUCACUCAAGUUAGCCGUUGAUGAUUUCUUUUCGAGACAUGGAUUAAGCAUCUCUAGAUUGCGAGGGCAGGGUUAUGAUGGCGCAAGUAAUAUGAGAGGUGAGUUUAGUGGUCUUAAAACACUCAUUCUAAAUGAGAAUGACUCUGCUUUUUAUGUUCAUUGUUUUGCUCAUCAACUUCAGCUAGCUCUGGUAGCUGUGGCAAAGAAACAUUCAGAAAUUGCAAAUUUAUUUACUAUGGUUUCUAAUGUGGUGAAUGUUGUGGGUGCAUCUGCUAAGCGCCGUGAUAUGCUGAGAGAAAAGCAUGCUGAUGCAAUUUUUGAAGCACUCAAUAAUAAUGAGCUCUUAAGUGGACAAGGCCUGAAUCAAGAAACUAAUCUUAAGCGGUCUAGUGAUACACGAUGGAGCUCUCAUUAUAAUUGUUUAAUCAGUUUGGAAAACAUGUUCCCAUCUGUGAUAGAUGUGCUUAAGAUUGUAAGAACAUAUGGAUCAGGUUACGAACAAAAAUUUGAAGCAAAGGUUCUAUUGACUUUUAUGCAAUCAUUCAGCUUCAUUUUUGGUCUACACUUGAUGAAAAGAAUUUUGGGAAUCACAAACGACUUGUCUCAGGCAUUACAAAAGAAAGAUCAAGAUAUUGUGAAUGCCAUGGACUUGGUCAAAAUAUGUAAAGGAAGAUUGCAAAGCAUGAGAGAUAAUGGUUGGGAUUCUUUACUUGAUCAAGUUUCUUUCUUUUGUGGCAAGUAUCAUAUUGAAAUUCCUAAAAUGGAUGAUAUUUUUUCUAGUGGAGGGAGACCAAAAUGUAAAGCUCAACCCAUCACAAACUUACAUCAUUAUCGUGUUGAUUUAUUCGUUGAUGUUAUUGAUAUUCAGCUCCGAGAGUUAAAUGAUCGGUUCAAUGAGAAGAAUACUGAAUUACUUCUUUGUAUGGCAUGCUUGAGUCCAAGCAAUUCAUUCUCUGCUUUUGAUAAAGCAAAGUUGAUGCGACUUGCCCAAUUUUAUCCUAGUGAUUUUUCUGAGUAUGACCUCAAAUUACUUGAAGAACAACUUGAGAAUUACAUUUGGGACAUGAGCUCUAACGAUGAAUUUACAGAAUUGAAAGGGAUUACUGAUCUUGCGCAAAAGAUGGUUGAGACAAAAAAAGAUCAGAUCUACCCUUUAGUGUAG